ACGACCCGUCACGGUCACGAUGGCGGCGGCGCGCGGGGCUCUGCGGCUCCUGCUGACGCUGAUGGCGGCGGCGCUCUGGGCCCCCCCGAACCCCACUGAGGGGGUCCCCACUCCGGUUCCAGCAAUCACAAACUCUCGAGAAUCCCACAUCAGCCAGCCACCUGUGGAAAAAACACCUGACAAGAGCCAGGAGAAGAAUGCACUCGAAGACAAGAAUGCACCCGAGGACCAGGCGAAGAAGGCACCUGACGACAAGAAUGCACCCGAGGACCAGGGGAUGAAGGUACCUGACGACAAGAAUGCACCCGAGGACCAAGGGAAGAAGGCAUCCGACGAGAAGAAUGCACCCGAGGACCAAGGGAAGAAGGUGCCUGACGAGAAGAAUGCACCCGAGGACCAAGGGAAGAAGGCGCCUGACGAGAAGAAUGCACCCGAGGACCAAGGGAAGAAGGCAGUUGACGAGAAGAAUGCACCUGAGGACCAGGGUGCUAAGGGGAAGGCAGAUGGCGGUGGCACUAGUGAUGAGGCUCUUGAUGAAAAUGUGCUCCCCGACGAGAAGAUGGAUGAAGCUGCUCAGCCUGGUGAGGGGAAAGAGGAGAGUGCCCCUGCUGCUCCCCCCAAAGAUGAAUCAGAGAGUAGCCACUUCUUUGCCUACCUGGUAACCGCAGCCAUUAUCGUCGCUGCCUUGUACAUCGCUUAUCACAAUAAGCGGAAGAUCAUUGCUUUUGCUCUGGAAGGAAAACGAUCAAAACUACCCCGGCGGCCCAAAUCCAAUGAAUAUCAGAGACUGGAUCAAAAGAUCUAAAUUAUCCCCAGAAAUUCCUCCAUGCUGCUGACUUGGGUAAGGACUGCUGAAAAUGAAGAUACAAGGAAGCCCUGUGAUUCCCAGCAGAACAGCUCUGAAUCCCUCCAGGUCUUGGAGUGUGGGAAGAAGAGAAGUGCUUUUAGUUUUGCACCUGCACUUUGGUAACACUGACUCCUCAGUCUCUAAAUAUUUCCCCCCCUUCCCAGCUGCCUGAUGAUGAGCUAGUGUCCAGCUCUGGUCUCUUGCUUCCAUACUGUGAUGUCAGGGAAGACCCAACAAGUGGCAGAAUUUUUUUGUGCCCAAACUAUAUGGAUUUUACCUUCUGCUGUAUUGACACACAGGUCUCUGUUUAGGAGAGACCUGCCUGCUGAAUGAGCCUUCUGAUUCUCUUCGUCUAGAUUCGUGGAGCAGUCUUUAUAACCAGCAUGGUUGGUCUUGUAGCUGACAUAUGAACAUUAUCCCCUUCUGUCCAUUGUAUUUGGACUCUAAAGUUCACAGCAUGUUUGUUUGCACUAGUUCAGAAAUGUUUUUGCCAAGGACUCUUAUUUGAUCAGUUGUUUGUUCUCUGUGAUGAAGACAAUGGUGGAAGUUAACAUCUGAUUGUCUCUUAAUGCACAUCUUUGGAAGUGUGGGUGGAAUCAGCAAUCCCUGGCCCUUUGAAUUUUGCUUGUCCACCUUAAAUGCGCUAGCGGACUUGCUGAUGGUCUGUUUUUCCUGAUGUCAUACCCAGAGUUCAGGUGAUUGCACUAACAAUGAUGAAAUAUUUAGAGAGUGGAUGCUGUGAAAGAAUGCAAGGAGUGUGUAUGAAGCUCUGUGCCAAGCCUCCAUGGCAAAGUCUUAAUGAACUUUGCCUCUGUAAACCUUGCUACCUCCCCCAUAGAACUGUCACAGGAACAUGGCAAUGUUCAGGUGGAAGAAAACAGUGUCACCACAUGUAGUUCAUACCCCCUUCCCACAGGUCUGUUCUUCAACCCCUAAAUUUCCAACAUAGCCUAUUCUCUUCAGUACUGAAUGGACUCUCCUGCUGAUAGAGGUCAGAUCAAUUGUACUUGCAUAAGUUGAACCUACAAGUGUCAAUUCCCACUUCGUCUGGGAGGUCCAUUUUCUUUAUCCUUUGUCAAAGUGCGGAGAGAGUAUUUGAGAGUGGAAAUAGGGCAAGGAUAGCUGGUGACUUGGUGCAUUGGACAGAGGUUGGCAGCAUUUCAUGCCUGAGUCGCGUAGUAGCAGUAUGGCUCCCUUACGCAGAUAGCUGUGAAACAGAUGUCUUUACAAGGCAUUGUAUUUGCACAAUGUGGAGAGCUGUGCAAUAUGGGCUAUGGCCUAUGUCAUUCAUUCCUCAAACUGGGAGUGCUGUUAUGCCGUCAUGCACGGCAGCUCCCCCACAGAGCCCAGGAGAGAGGCUUGUUGGGCUAGUGCAGAAAUAUUUCCUCCCAAGUAGAUGGCAGAUUGAAAAUAUACAGAAAGGGAUUUGUUCGGUGUAACAGAAUAUCUUCCUGCAGCGUCGUCUACAAGAUGUCCCCUCUCCUCUUCCUUUGACCUUGGCCUUCCUCAGCUCUGAGUUGUGCUUUUAUUUAGUUGAACGUUCUUAUAACCAGCCACACCAUGCAGAGCCGUUACCUCGGUGGUGUUGUGGAACUCUUAGAUUCCUUGUCUGCUUAAACCAAGGGUUGGUGCAUACUGAUAUUGUUUAUAUUUCUGAUAUAAGGCCGGGAAAAAGUAUCGAAUGAGGCCCACUAUGUAUUCCUGUCUUUAUUUUCAUAGUUAUAUUCCACAAGGCCUUUAUGGUUGAGACAAGGAAUGUUUGGGAAAUCUGUAUAUGGUGGCUGGCUGGCUUGUUCUUUUAUCUGUGGCUAUUUUCUUUAUUUCUCGGUUCUGAGUUUUACAGAAAAAUUGCUGUGACACACAACUGCAUAGGAGGAAACUUAGAAUACAUAUCGAAGCCUGGAUGUGAAAAGCUACAGCCUCAUUUUCAAUGCACUUGUCAGCUGAUUGAGACACAGGGAAGAACCUUUCCUCCAUCUUGGGCAAAUUGCUGUUUAGUAGUUGGGUUACUUCUCUUAGCAUGUUCCAAAAAUGGUUGAUGAGGCAAACCUUCCCCGGUCUCUUCCUCCUUGGUGUCUACAGCAUUCGGUGACCUGCAGUAACACUACUAGACUGCAGUGAUACUUAAGACUGCAUCUGGGCUAAGAAAUCUCCACAUUUGGACAUUAAAGCCAUGGCUGAUAUUUUCAGAGUUUCGUUUUCCACAGAGGAGGGAGAGGGAUGUGUAUGCAGAGCUUAACUUAUUUAAAAAAGAAAACCAAAGCAACUUACUUUUACUGAAAGACAUUAGCUGAAGUGUGUGUGCGUGUGUGGGUUUGACGGGGGGCGGAGGGGGAGGAAUCAUAUAUUUGUUUAAAUCUAUUUGGAAGCUGCCCCUAAGAAAGAUGACUUUUCUGGACUCUGAUAUGGGAGAUCCUCACAGGAGCCAUUUUUGGGAGGUGGCGGGAGCAUCCUGCUCUCAGGAGGAAAAAAGGGUCCUGGAACGUAACCUCUGAAGGAAAUGCACCUCCUCAAAGGCAGGGAACUUGUGUGCAACAUAACUGUGCUAUUUAUUUUAAAGACAACAUAUAACAUGUUUCAGGAAGCCUGUGAUGCUGUGUUCUAUGGCCCGUUUAUUUAAGGGGUGCAGAAUUUGAGGCUGCAAUUUCACUUGUUUUUAUGAUAGAGGCAAAAACUUGAAGACAUGAUAAAUGUUGCAAUUCUUAGCCACACCUGCCUGCUUUCCUGGGAAUUCCUGUUUUUAUUUUUUACCUGCUUUGUCCCCCUUUGAAUCAGAAAACAUUUUGGAAGGAUUUGUACCAAACCUGUUUGUUUUGUCACGGAAUCUGGAGGCCUCCUUACUUCAGCCUCUUCAACUGACUGUUUUAUUUUAAUCUGAAAAUCUCUCUGCUUUGUUUUGGAAACGCCACCUCAUAAAUGUUCCUGCAGGCAUGGACUAAUGAGGAGCCCUGUGAGAGCCAGGGCCCUCCUGUCUAUGUACUGUUAGCAGUACAGUCUAGUAUGUGCAGAGAGAACUAAGAUACAGGGAUAGUUCCUACGCUUCUGUCAGACUAACAAGAAUGUCCAUAGCUUGUGUGUAGGAGCAUUUUCCAGUUAGCAGCAGUUUGCCAGGUGUCUGGCGUGUGUGCUGGCUCAACAGAAAUGCAUAGCACACAAUAAGUGCAAAUUUCACAGGGUAGUAAAGACACCACAUGUGGCCAGGAACAAUUGGUAUUUAUAUGACAGCUCUUAACGUGGAUCUCUGCAGCUACUGUGCUC